ACACAAGUUAUUUUCCCAAGAAAUUUUUCUGGCCAAAAGAUAAAAGAAUUUUUCAUUCUUCAUUGCAUUUCCUCACUACAAACUCAUAAAGAAAAAACAGAGUCGUGUGACUUCUCUCCGAUCGUUGCGUUCGUCGGAUUCUGGUGUUUCAAGUACCGGUACAGCCAGAAAAGGUACGUCCGUUCUAUCCUGGGAGGAAUAGUUCCAAUAACCUUGGGUACCGUAGAGGGGAACUAAAUUCCUUAAGGAGAAAUAGUGAAUUCUAUUGGCUCGGGCGUUGUUUGUGCAUGUGUCGAUUUCUAUAUAUGAUUUGUGUGGCAAGAAACAUACUUUUGUGAAACGUUUUCCAUAACAAUCUUAAGGAAUUUAUAAUAAUUAUUCUUGUAUACUAUUUAUGCCGGCGUAACCGAAUGGUCUAGCGCAAUUAAUUGCAUGAUCAUGUUUAUACAUGGAUUUGGAUGUAUUUGUUUUUUACGUAAUUGGUUUGGGGAAAUGCAUGCUGCUGAGAUUUGAUUCUUUAAUCAAGUUUGCCGUAAAAUACUUUCUGUGUGUUGGCAUGGCGAUUAUGCAUGUAUUGUGUUGUUCCAAAAAUUGCAUUACACGUUGCAUGAAUUGGUGUAGAAAGAAAGGAACCCAAUUCUGGCAGUGAUAUAUAAGCACCAGAAAAAGGAAUUCUAAUUCUUCUAAUUCAUAAUGUAUUCGUGUGUACAUGUAUUCGUGUAUACAUGUAUGUUCCCCUGAGUGAAUGUUUUUAAGGAAGAUAUGAUCAUGUUUUAUACGUUUUAAGAAUCUUAUUCAUGUAUAUAUGUUUCAUUGUAUAUAUAUGUGGAUACUUGUGUAUAAAUAUAUAUAUCUUGCCGCUUGCAUUUGGAAUGCAACUGUAUGCAUUUUUUUUGUGUGGAUGUAUAUCCAUUGUUUCAAAGAGGAGGUUGCUCGCAUGAUUCGAUGAUUUGGUUGGAAUAACAUUGAGCGGAUGUAACCGCUUGUCUCCUCCAAUCAAAAGAAAAGAAAAGAAAAGAAAAGAAAAGGGAUUAUUGAUCUCUAAUUCACUGUUCAUUGCAAGAAAACCCAUGGUUUCUGAUUUGAUAAGUGUGUUCAUUCUGUUAGAAAAGAAAAUGGUUGGUAUCACCCCCGGAGUAUGGAGUCCAACUCACGAGGAUGAUGACGAUGACGUCAUAGAGGUCACUAAUAUCGAAUCAGAUCCGGAGAUUAUUGAGCUCUCUACUCCCGAAAUGGAGUUUGACAAUGAAGAGUGGUUCGAUUUUUAUGACGAUAGCGGGGAUUUGCUAUAUAAUGACAUUGGUGGAGAGCAUCCAACCAAUUAUUGGACUCUAGAUGGAAUACCCAUCUAUGAUUGGUACUCAAUGGGUCCUAAUGUGGACGAUUUGGGCACCCAUGUGGACUCGAUGGAGAGUAUGGGGGAAGAAGAGGAAGUUGAGGAAUCGGAGAACGAGGAGGAGUACUCCGACAUAGCGACCGAUGAAUGCCUCUCUGAUCCUGACUUCGACCCCAAGAAUCCUUAGGAUUCUUCUAUAUGUAUUGUAAUCUCCUUUGAGGAGUAGACAUAUGUAUGUGUGUAUAUAUACAUACGGUAUUAGUAGGUGUGUACCUAUGUAAUUCGUGUAUUUACAUGAUGAAUGAAGAACAAAUGUUCUUAUCUCCCAAGUGGAAAUUUAGUUGGAUAAAACCUUACGAGUUUGUUUGGUUCCAAAAUUAACCACAAAGUUUUAAUGCUUUUAUUGCAUUGGUCCAUCUCAAUUAUGUGGCAUGGAUGAAUGACAAUUGUACCAAUUUAAUUUGGACACUUUUUCCAUUCAAGGUGAUGCAUGAGAUGAUGGACGUACUUAUGAUAGUCCUUCAUGGAAUCUAAGUAACGGUGGUUUGGAUAGUAAUAAACUAUCUAGUGGGAAACUAUGAACAAUCAUAGGUGUGUAAAACCUAUGGCGCAUGGCAAGUGGGGACUUGUGAGUAAAGUCUAUCUAAGCCAGAAUGUUUGCAUAGGUUAUGUUCAAAUUAAGUUGAACAUAGUUAUGAAAGAGUAUACCUCCAAUGUGUUGGAGAUGAAAUUUGGUUAAUGCACGUUUAAAGGAUUGCAUUACGAGUAAGCCAUAAGUGAUAAGGAAUUAUAAUUCCUAAGAUGCUUGUGAUGACAUAAUAAUUUGUUUAUUAUGUAUGUGGUUUAGGACUUGAUGUUUCUUAUGCCAUGAGGGCAAGGAAAAUGAAGCUAUGAUUGAUCCUUGUAGGGAUUUAAUAAGCUUGCCAAAUGAUGGUUGUCAUCAAGAUAAGCAUUAGGUCAGAAUUGUUUAUGACCUAUGAUUAUCAACGUGAAGCUCAUUGACAGAAUUGUUUAUGGUAUAUAUAGAUAUAUAUCAUUGGAAAACAAUUUGGCAUGAGAGCUCAAUUGAGAUGAUCUUAUUAAACUUAAAAGUCUGGAUUACUUAUGGUAUAUUUAUGAAGUUUAUACCAUUGGAAAGUGAUUAGACAAUCGAAUUAGAAAUUCGUUUGAAUUACUUGUGGUAUAUCAUGUUACAUAAAUGAAAUGUCAUUGGUAAGUAAUUAGAUGGGAUUUCCAUUCCUGGAAUGCAUCUGAAUUACUUAUGACGUCUCAAGUUGCCUUGAGCAAUACCAUUGGUAAGUAAUAGGAUGAUAUUUCUAAUAAAAUCUGAAUUGUUUGUGGUAUGCUAAUCGAGUGAGAUCAUACCAUUGGUAAACAAUUAGAUACAUAUAGUGGUUGGAAAGUUCAAUAAGUAAAACCAUGGAAAAUAAAUGGGAUUAUUCCAUGAUGUUUGGCAAAGGGUAGAAUUGUGGGGGAGAAGAGCUAGCCAUUGUUUCGGCUACUAUCUCAAGAUCCUACAAUGGGACGCUAACCUAUCCAUACGACAAAAGUGGAAAGGUAAACGAAGUCAUACUUGAAAGUAUGAAGGUGUCCAAUGAGAAAGUGAGAGUCCUUAAACCUUGUGGAGUUAACCCAGUCAAGGGUAUAACUUAUGAGUAAACUCUAGCAUAUAUUGACGUUAUGUCAGAAAGCUAGAAUAUUUAUUGAUGUUGAUCCACUCUUCCCAAAGAGAUGAUUUUGACCAUAUACAUGAAUGUAUAUGAACAACAUUCCCCAAACCGGAAAUGUUGGUUUCAACAACUAUGGCGAAAUAGUUGAAAUGUGGGAUAAAUUGGGGAGAAGUAAUGUGGAAUGUCGCUUGGGUGAUUCUAAAGUGAAAGUGAUACUUAGAAGUUUUGCGUAAACCCUAAGCUAAGUCAUAAAUGUCACUACAUUUAAAGAGAUACUGGUGAAGCACAAGUACUCUAAGGUUAAUGAAGUGGAGAGACUUCAAUACCGUUGGCAUGUGUUAUGAUUAUUGCAAGGCAAUAAAAUCAAGUCAAGCUCACAAGAUGUGUAGUGCAUUGAAAAGAGACGAGUCUUUGGUGUAUUGUACCCAAAGGGAACUCACCGGAUGAACCAAAAGGAAAUCUAAUAAUAAAUAUGCAUUUAUGGU